UGCACUUUUUUUUGACUGGAAAUCUUUGAGUGGUAAAGGUGUGAAGGCUUUUCUGUUACUGAACUCAAUUUUGCUUCCAACUAAACAGCACUGGUCCACAGUAGUCAAUAGUCAUCACCACUCAAUGAGAAAUUGACAUCAAAUUCAUCAACCAUUUUCUCAAUUAUGCUAAAGCAGUUUCAGGUUUUGGGAGUGGAGGAAAGUGUCUGCUUCUCGAAUUGCUCCCAACAGAAACGAAGGAGAUCUCGAGCUCACAAUUCGAAGCCCUGCAAUAUUCCCAUGGCCCAGAAUGCUUCUUCACCGCUUCCGCCAUUGAAGUGCGAAGCCAAGCCCCAAAACCCCGUGUUUGAUCCUCACGGUUUAGACCCUAAUCUGCUGCAGAGAAUCGCGUAUGAUGCUCUGGUUUGGAGCUCUCUUCGCGGGCUUCUUGUUGGAGACAGGGCUUCGCAGAAAUCGGGAACUGUUCCAGGUGUGGGUCUGGUGCAUGCACCUAUCUCCUUGCUGCCAAUGCCAUUUCCUGAAAGUCAUUGGAAACAAGCUUGUGAAGUAGCUCCCAUAUUCAACGAACUUGUUGAUCGUGUGAGCUUAGAUUCGAAAUUCAUACAGGAUUCGCUCUCCAGAACCAAAAAGGUUGAUGCUUUUACAUCCAGACUUCUUGAUAUUCAUGCCAAGAUGUUGGAUAUGAACAAGAAAGAGGAUAUACGCUUAGGACUACAUCGCUCGGACUAUAUGCUGGAUGGACAAACUAAUUUACUUCUCCAAAUAGAGCUCAAUACAAUUUCUUCUUCGUUUCCCGGGCUGAGCUGCCUUGUUAGUGAUCUUCACAGGAGCUUGCUUCAUCAAUUCAAGCAACACCUCGUUUUGGAUCCAGAGAGGAUUCCCAAAAACGAUUCUGCUAAUCAGUUUGUGGAAGCAUUACAUAAAGCCUGGUCUGAAUACAAUAACCCCAGGGCUGUGGUUAUGGUCGUGGUUCAAACUCAAGAACGGAACAUGUACGAUCAACAUUGGCUUUUUACACUACUGAAGGAAAGAUAUCAAGUUGGAAGUAUUAGGAAGACCUUAGCUGAGAUUGAUGCACAAGGGGAGCUUCUGUCAGACGGAACUCUUAUUGUGGAUGGUGAAGUCGUUGCAGUGGCUUACUUUAGAGCUGGAUAUGCACCUACUGAUUAUCCUUCAGAAUCGGAAUGGAGUGCUAGGCUGUUGAUUGAGCAGUCGUGUGCGAUCAAAUGCCCUUCAAUCGCAUAUCACUUAGCCGGCACCAAGAAAAUUCAACAAGAGCUGGCCAAACCCAAUCAGCUCGAAAGAUUUCUUGAGAACAAAGAUGACAUUGCCAAAGUCCGAAAGUGCUUUGCUGGACUGUGGAGUUUGGAAGAUUCGAGCAUUGUCAAGGAUGCAAUCGAGAGGCCCGGACUAUAUGUCAUGAAGCCCCAGAGAGAAGGCGGAGGGAACAACAUUUAUGGCGACGAUGUGAGGCUGGCGCUGCAAGAAAUGCAGAAGAAAGGCUCGGAAGAAGAUGCAGCCUACAUACUUAUGCAGAGAAUUUUCCCAACUAUUUCUCCUGCAAUCCUAAUGCGCGAAGGCAUCUCUCACAAAGAGCAAGUUCUUUCAGAACUCGGGAUAUAUGGCACAUAUUUAAGGAACAAGGAGAAGGUGAUCAUGAACAACCAUUCCGGUUACCUGAUGCGUACAAAGGUGUCGUCGUCCAACGAAGGUGGGGUUGCUGCAGGUUUUGCUGUUUUAGAUAGCAUAUAUUUGGUUUGAACUGUUGGAUUUUGGUGCCUAUGCUAAUUCACAAUUGAGCAUCAAUUCACAUGCCUUUCCUAAUUGAAUACCAAUUGUUGCAGUUCUUCUCAUUGAGUUAGGAAACAAGAAUGUGGAUAAUGGAUAUAUCUCAUUUGUUGAAUAUAUUCAUGUUGUUUGCUUGAAUGAAAUUGGGAUGUGAUUGAAUUAUGCAAA